AGUACCAAUGGAAUCUUGUGGUCCCUCACCACCCUGGUAGAAAUGCUUGGGAGAGCCAGUUUCUCUUCUGCGGCCAAACUUUACCUCCCCGAAACAUCCCAGAUCGCGAGUAAGCAGAACUCGAAAGGAGACGGGAAGCGGUAAGUUUGGAAGGUCCAUAAAGUCGGAAUCACCUCAUGUCUGUGUCAUCUACCGACCCAAUCUCCUGGUUCUGCUCGACCGCCCCGGACUGCUGGAGCUGGAGCAAAAUACUUCAAGGCUCUUCCUCAGGACUCGACGGCUUUCAAGACUUAGCCCAUCCAGGACUUCUGCUGGCCGCGGUGUUUACUUCAAUCGCAACCUUCAAUAUCAGCUACAUUUGUAUCCGCCGCCGACGACCCAUGAUGAUCAUUUCAGCUUGUGUUGGACUUGCACCCCUGCUCGCGCUUUUCGUCGCGCCAGCGCCGUCUCUUGCAGUCGACAAGACGGUGGACCCGCAACUCGUUGCAAAGCUCAAGACUGCCGCAACCAUGCUGGAUCAACUCAACAUGCUGUCGGAUAAGCAGCUCAUGUACAACUUCACGGCUAACCCCAUGUACUCAUUGCAACCAGGCAGCGUAUGCAAUGCCAAUGCCGCCACAUGGCCUGUCCUUUCAACCGUCGGAGCGACUGUUGCGCAACUCAAUCUAGGACCCUGCUCAAUGCUUGCGCCGCAUCUUCAUCGUGCCAACAAUCUCGUCGUGGCAGUGAGCGGAUCAACACAUACAUAUAUGGUGCAGGAGAAUGGAGCUCGCCUUGUCCAACAGGUCCUCACGCCGGGAAUGAUGACCAUAUUUCCUCCCGCAAGCAUACAUGCAAUGUACAACAUGGGUUGUGAGCAGAAUCUACUCUAUUCAUUCCUCAACAGUGAUGAUCCAGGCACAAUUAAUGUCGCGCAGACGUUCUUCAUGAUGCCGCAGAACAUGGCCAUGACUGUCAUGCCUUUCAUCAAUCUCACGGACGGCAAUUGGUCCGCCACCGCGCAGGAAAUUCCAGCCAUCGGGACAGGCAGCCAGCCAGGCUUCGAAGCCUGCCUCAAGAAAUGCGGCUUGUCCGGAGCAAACUAUUCUGGAGGUGGGCAAGUGAAGGUUUAGGUAGGGAAAAUCUGAGGCGGAACAUUGUUUGGUCGCUCUUUAUGGGAAACUUGCAUCAAGGUUAUGUUUCAAGGUCAGGUCCCUCAUUCUGCAUAGGUGGACUUGUUGCUGUAAACUGUCCAGGGUAUCUUUCGGCCCCUAAGUAGCAUAUUCGCAUCCUUGUUUCUGGUUGGCGAAUUGUAAACUAUCAAUAAGGGGACGUUACAGGGCAGGCUGGACUGUUCAGGGUUUUUUGUAUUCAGUCAAUCAUUACCAUCAUUUGUUUGCACGAAGCCCUCCGCUACCACAU